AAGUUUUUCGGAUUUUGAGCUCGUAAAUAAGAUUCUAAGAUCCCUUCCUAAGAGUUGGGAUCCUAAAGUCACUGCUAUUCAAGAGGCGAAAGAUCUAAACAACUUCCCUCUUGAAGAACUAAUCGGGUCAUUAAUGACCUACGUGAUGACUUGCAAAGCUCAUGAAGAGCAAGAAGACAUCCUUCCAAAGAACAAGAAGGAUAUGUCACUUAGAACUUCAGAAGACCACUUGAGAGAAAACUCAAGUGAUGAGGACUGUGACGAUGACUUGGCACUUCUAACAAGAAAAUUGAAAAAAUUUAUUAAAAGAAACAAGUUUAAGAAUGAAAUAAAAAAUAAAUUUGAACCCAAGAAGGACCAAGUUAUUUGCUAUGAGUGCAAAAAGCUGGGACACUACAAGAGUGAUUGUCCGCAAGUCAAAAAUAGAACAUCAAAGAAGAAGGCGCUCAAAGCAACGUGGGAUGACUCGAGCGCGUCCGAAGAAUAGGAGUCCAACACCGAGCAAGUUGCUCAUUACGCCUUAAUGGCCAUCGGGGAGGAGUGGAGGCAGAACAAUUCAGACUUUGAGCUGAGCCGGAAGCACUGCAUCAUAUGCGAGCCAUUCAUAGUAUCUACCACCGUAUGACAUAUGCACAUUAAAGCACACUCGUUUGGGAUCGGAGGUCAAAGAUUCACAGGAAGACGCUACCAGGAAAUGUGUCAGCUCUCUUUGUCACAGCCCUCCUGCCUUAGCUGUUCUCGACUCAACGUGGAGACUUGCACCGGUUCUGAACCAGCGAUGCAAAGGACAAGCAUGACAGCCGGACGCCGGCACCAAAUCCAUCCCACAUCGACAGGAAGACUCAUCGAUCCGAUUCAUCUGAAGCUCGAAUCAUCAGGACAGCGUCUUCGAUAAGCAUGUCGGUUAAGGUUGCAGAAAAACUAGCCAUUAGGCCAACUGUUUCGCCCCUUCUAAUCCUGCAUGCAAAGCGUGUGUCCUGUCAUAUUACCUUUCCUCUUCCUCCUCUCGCUCAUUAAGCAGCACCGCUCACUGUCCUCGCCCUAUAUAACUACUCCCGCCCUGCACCGCCCACUCCUCACCACGGUGGUAGAACGUCAAAGCUGCUGCUAUCAUGAGGAACCCCGUGCUGGUGGAAGGCGCCGGGGAUGGGGCGGCGGUGGGGGAGAGGCUAUUGGUGCUGUGGCGGCGGAUCAGGACGCCCAUGGUGGUGCCGCUGCUGUGGGCUCUCAUGUACGCGUGCGCCUUCAUGUCGGUGAUGCUGUUCGUGGAGAGGGUGUACAUGGCGAUCGUCAUCGUCCUCGUGAAGCUCCUCCGGAUCAAGCGGUACACCAAGUACAAGCUCGAUUCCAUGAGGCAGGAGAUGGAGGCGGAGUCGUCCCACCCCAUGGUGCUCGUCCAAAUACCCAUGUUCAACGAGAAAGAGGUUUACCGCUUAUCGAUCGGGGCAGCCUGCGCCAUGUCAUGGCCGUCUAACAAGAUGAUAGUUCAAGUUCUCGAUGACUCCACUGAUCCCGUCAUCAAGGAGAUGGUGGAAUACGAGUGCCAGUCGUGGGCGAGCAAGGGAGUCAACGUGGAGUACGAGUUCAGAAACAGCCGAAGCGGCUACAAGGCGGGCGCCCUUCGCGAAGGCCUCGAGAAGAGCUACGCCAAAGACUGCGACUUCGUUGCCAUCUUUGAUGCCGACUUCCAACCCGACCCCGACUACCUGUGGAGGACCAUCCCUUUCCUUCUCACUAACCCUGAGCUCGCUCUGGUGCAAGCUCGAUGGAAGUUCGGUGAGCCCGUCGAUGUGAAUGCUGACGAAUGCCUCCUGACCCGCCUCCAAGAGAUGUCUCUGGAUUACCACUUCAGCGUGGAGCAGGAAGUAGGGUCUUCCACGUACUCCUUCUUCGGGUUCAACGGCACUGCGGGGGUGUGGAGGAUGCAAGCCCUCGUCGACGCCGGAGGGUGGAAGGACCGGACCACCGUGGAAGACAUGGAUCUUGCAGUCAGGGCUUCCCUCAGAGGGUGGAAGUUCGUGUUCGUCGGCGACCUGGCAGUGAAGAACGAGCUACCCAGCACGUUCAAGGCGUACCGCUUUCAGCAGCACCGGUGGUCUUGUGGCCCGGCAAACUUGUUCCGGAAGAUGCUGAAAGAGAUCCUAUGCUGCAAGUUUCCUGCAGAGGGUGUCCGCUUGGAAGAAGUUCCAUGUCAUCUACGACUUCUUCUUCGUGAGGAAGAUUGUCGCCCACUUUGUGACCUUCUUCUUCUACUGCGUGAUCAUCCCGGCGUGCGUCCUGCUCCCGGACGUUCAUCUUCCCAAGUUCAUCGCCGUCUACAUCCCCUCCGCCACCACCGUCCUCAACGCCAUCUGCACGCCCAGGUCCUUCCACCUGAUCAUCUUCUGGAUCCUGUUCGAGAACGUCAUGGCGAUGCACCGAGCCAAGGCGACCAUAAUAGGGCUUCUGGAGGCGAACCGCGUCUACGAGUGGAUCGUCACCGCCAAGCUGGGGAACGCUUCCAGGAACAAGAACAGCUCCAGGUCGCACAGGAGAUCUCGAUGCCGCAUCGUGGAAAGAAUCCACCUGAUGGAGGUCCUCAUGGGACUCUUCCUCUUGUACUGCACCAUCUACGACAUCAUGUUCGGCCGCGACCUCUUCUACGUCUACUUGUUCGCCCAAUCCACGGCGUUCUUCGUCGUCGGCUUCGGUUACGUUGGCGUGUACGUUUCCAACUGAGGAGGAAAGGGGGAGACGGCCGAGGCCUUCAGAUUCAAUUUGCCGAACACCCCAAGUGCACAGAACUAACAUACUGCUCCCACUGCUCUCAUCUCCUGAGACACAGGAAAUCCAAUGUUGGAUGUAGGGUUUGUGACACGGUUAGUAGGGUCGUACCAUUGACCCCACUCUAUAUAUGUUUUAAGCUUUACUUAAAUGCAAGAAAGAUGCAGUAGCAAUACAAAAGAGUGUUGGAGUAAUAAUAAUAAUAAUAAUAACUCUGAUGUCAUUUUAAGAAGAAGAAAGAUAUCAUAUCAGUUGCUUAUGAUGA